AUGGUUAUUUUUGGGAAAACUGGAGUUGGGAAAAGUGCAACAGGAAACACCAUCUUAAUGGAGAAGGUUUUUCAAUCAUCACUUUCUGUUUCCUCAGUGACAAAAGUGUGUAAGAGAGAAUCAGGGAAGGUUGAGGACCAAAAACUGGAGGUUAUUGAUACUCCAGGUCUGUUUAACACCGAGCUGAGUGAAGAGCAGGUGAAGGCGGAAAUCGCUAAGUGCGUCAUGUACGCUUCUCCUGGACCUCAUGUGUUCCUGAUCAUCCUCAGGCCAGACAGAUUCACUAAAGAAGAAGAAGAUACAGUGAAAAUCCUUCAGAAGCUGUUUGGAGAACAGGCUGCAUGUUACACCAUGGCCCUGUUCACCCGUGGAGACGAUCUGGAGGCAGACAACGUCUCCAUAGAAACCGUCAUUGGUAAAAAUAAGGUUCUCAGCGACUUCCUCAAGCAGUGCAAAGGAGCAUACCAUGUUUUUAACAACAGAAAGGUAGAUCCUGUUCAGGUCCGUGAGCUGCUGGAGAAGAUCAAAACAAUGGUUGAGGGAAAUGGAGGAAGCUACUUCACCAACGAGAUGUUCCAAGAGGCUGAGAAAUCCGUUCAAAAGAAGGAUAAACCACAGAAAGACCGGGAUGACAGGAGGCUGAAAAAAGAGAAGCAGGCCAAGAUGAAGCUGCAGGGGGCGCUAGAUUGUGAGUGGAGGAGGAGAGAGCGCUCAAACACUCAACCCCCGUCACAGGUGAACAGAUUCCUUCUCUUCAUAUCGUUUGUAAAACAGCAUGGCGGCCUGCAUCGAGAGGACCGGCUCCAGAUUUAA